GUUCUGGAACAAAAAAGUAGUUGGAAAAUAAAGGUUCUGGUACGACCGGAUUGUACAGUGUCGCGCAGUGAAGUGUGAAGUGCUGUUUUGUGUUAACCAGGAGUGUCAAGCCCUUCCUAAAGCUUGAAACAUGUCGGAUGAAGAGGAUGUGUACUCUGAGGAGGAGGAGGAAGAGGCAGAGGCUCCACCCCCACCAAAGAAAGAUGCUAGACCUUCCAUUUCUCAGAAGGGUGAGGGAGGAGACCCCGAGUUCGUCAAGCGUCAAGAAGCCAAGACAUCUGCCCUUGACGAACAAUUGAAGGAAUACAUUGCAGAAUGGCGCAAGCAACGGUCAAAGGAGGAGGACGACCUCAAGAAACUGAAGGAGAAACAGGCCAAGCGAAAGGUUAUGCGAGCGGACGAAGAAAAGCGCAUGGCUGAGAGGAAGAAGCAGGAAGAAGAGAGAAGACAGCGGGAAGUAGAAGAGAAGAAACAGAGAGACAUCGAAGAGAAGAGACGGCGCUUGGAAGAAGCAGAAAAGAAGAGGCAAGCAAUGAUGUCUGCCCUCAAGGACCAAGGCAAAGGAAAGGGACCCAACUUCACCAUUAACAGGAAGACUGAUAUGAACCUGUCAUCAGCACAAAUUGAGAGGAACAAGACCAAGGAACAGUUGGAAGAAGAGAAGAAGAUCUCCCUCAGUAUCAGGAUCAAGCCCUUGAGCAUCGACGGACUCAGCAUCGACAAGCUGAAAGGCAAAGCUCAGGAGCUGUGGGACCAGAUCGUCAAACUGGAAACAGAAAAGUACGAUCUGGAAGAGAGGCAGAAGAGACAGGACUAUGACCUUAAGGAGCUGAAGGAGAGACAGAAGCAGCAGCUCAGGCACAAGGCUCUCAAGAAAGGUCUUGACCCUGAAGCCCUGACAGGAAAGUACCCCCCCAAGAUCCAGGUCGCCUCCAAAUAUGAGCGGCGAGUGGACACCAGGUCGUAUGACGACAAGAAGAAGCUCUUCGAGGGCGGUUGGGAAACUCUUCUCUCAGAGCAUAAUGAGAAAUCUUGGAAGAGUAAAUACGAAUCGUUUGAAAAGCGUAGCAGAACCAAGCUGCCCAAGUGGUUCGGAGAGAGGCCCGGCAGGAAGCCCGGAGACCCCGAGAGCCCAGAGGAAGAGGAAGCCGGCAAGGCUGAGAAAGAAGAGUACGAACCUGAGCCUGAGGAAGAAGAGGAGGAAGUCGAGGAGGUUGAGGAAGAGGAAGAAGAGGAGGAGGAGGAGGAAGAAGAAGAAGAAUAAACGCCAUCUUACGAGAUCAAAUCUCUCCAACUGUACAGCUCGUGAGCUCUUCGCAGCCAGCUCGCCACUAACACCAGCCAACGGACCAAUCCAUGUCAGAAUAGUCUUCUUCUUCUCUUGUACAUUACACUGUUUGGGUUCUAACCGGGAGCAAGCAACGCCAUCUCGCUGUGUAAAUCUCACACUUUCUUUCAUUAAAUAUUGUUCGCCAAAUUUAAAUCUUAUUUCCUUCAACCUUUGGAAUGACACUAACCAGUGUGCAAAUUUAUUAAUUGUUUAAAAAUGUACAAAUUAUUUCAGAUGUGUAAAAAUAAAGAUUUUUUGACAUA